AAACAUUUUUAAUUAGCAAGUGUUGCUCCAAGUCAAAAUGCAGUCAACUUCAUCCUCCUCCUUUUUCUACUACUACUAGUCUACUACACUACAUUCUGGCAAAAACAAUAAUUUACAACUCCAUAAUUGUCUUCUCCACCAUGGCUAAUCUUCUUCUCACAUUUCUCACUUUUUUCCUUCUCUUCCUUCCCUUUUCCAUUUCCUCAUCACAUAAUUACAGCUUACCUACGAAUUACUUCAUCAAUUGUGGUUCAGAAAUCACCAUCUCCGCCGGCGCCGCCAAUUUUUCCGGCGACCUUAUCUCCAAUUCCGGCAACAGUCACUCCGUCAAAGACACCACCACUACUACAGGGUCAGCUGGAAUCUAUGAAACAGCCAGAAUAUUCACUAAAACUGAAUCAUACAAACUUCGAAUUGAAGAAAAUGGGGUUUACAUGGUACGGCUUCAUUUCUUUCCUUUUUAUCUCCUAUUCGGUGCGAAAUUCAACGUUUCAGCUUCUGGGUUUUUGCUUUUGUCGAAUUUCAGUAUACCCAGUAGUGUAACUUCCCCUGUUAUCAAAGAGUUUUUGGUUCCUGUAGUAAAUGGCCCUAAUUUAGAAAUCACCUUCACACCUUAUCAAGAUUCUUCUUCUUUUGCUUUUGUCAAUGCAAUAGAAGCAUUUGUUACUCCUGAAGGUUUCAUUCCUAACUCUACUGACGCCCAUGUUACUCCACGAGGAAAUAGCAGCAAAAAUGAUGGUGGAAAGGAUUUGUCCUCUAGUGUUUUAAAUGUAAUUCAUAGGAUUAAUGUUGGGGGUUCUAAUAUUACUUCCGAAGGAGAUACCAUGAGAAGAAAUUGGGUAUCUGAUGACGAGUACUUAUUUAACAAAACAUCAGCAAAGAAUCAUCCAAUAUAUAGUGAAGGGCCUAAAUAUGAUUAUCAAGGAGGAGAAGCUACCCGGUAUGAUGCUCCUGAUUUAGUGUAUAGAACUGCCAAAGAAAUGAAUAUAGAUGUUGAGACUCCAAGUAGUAACGACUUCUUUAACAUAACUUGGCUUUUUGAUGUAAAAAGGAAUGCUACAUUUUUCGUACGCCUACACUUCUGUGACAUUGUUAGUGAUAGUCGGAAUAAUACAGUUUUCAAUGUCUAUAUAUAUGGUCUGUUUGGUGAGCCAAUUAGUCCAUAUGAUAGAUUUCCUGAUUUUGCAGUUCCUUUUUAUGUUGAUUUUGUGGUGAAUUCAGAUGGUUCUGGUUUUAUGAAUAUAUCAGUUGGCCCUCGGAAUGAUUCAAAGUCUAAAAAUGCUUUUCUGAAUGGGGUGGAAAUCAUGGAGCUGAUUAACGAUCGAGAUGAGGGGAGUGGAGGAAAGAAGAAUUACUUUUGGAUAAUUGUUGGUUCUGUUGGUGGUGGCGUGGUUCUCAUAUCUGUUUCUGCAGUGGUGAUCUGGUGUUGUUUGAAAUCAAGAAAAGCAAAACCGGUUGAGAAUUCGAACUGGCCAAGGGUGAGUGUGUAUGCAGGAAGUACAGAGAGUAGGACUACAGUAAGAAGUUCAAUUGGUGGCACUACUCCUGAUAUGAACCUUGGGUUAAAGAUACCUUUCGCAGAGAUUUUGCAUGCUACCAACAAGUUUGAUCCCAAAUUUAUGAUUGGUGAAGGUGGUUUUGGGAAAGUUUACAAAGGAACUUUACACAAUGGAGUUAAAGUGGCUGUGAAAAGAAGCGAGGCUGGACAUGGCCAGGGUCUUGUGGAAUUCCAAACUGAAAUAACCCUCUUGUCCAAAAUUCGCCAUCAACAUCUUGUUUCAUUGAUUGGCUACUGUGAUGAACGAUAUGAGAUGAUACUUGUUUAUGAGUUCAUGGAGAAGGGAACUUUGAGAGAGCAUUUGUACAGUUCGAAUGAAGACCUUGAUAAAUCAUCUUCACGGUCAGAAUUAUCGUGGGAUCAAAGGCUUCAAAUUUGUAUAGGUGCAGCUAAUGGCCUACAGUACCUUCACACUGGUUUAAAUGAGCCAAUUAUUCACAGGGAUAUUAAGUCUACAAACAUACUUCUUGAUGAACAUUAUGUUGCCAAAGUUGCUGAUUUUGGUCUCUCCAAAUCAGGUCCCCCUGAAGAAACACAUAUUGUUACUGAUGUUAAAGGUAGCUUCGGUUAUCUGGAUCCUGAGUACAUGAAAUCAAUGCAACUAACUCAAAAGUCUGAUGUCUAUUCUUUCGGAGUUGUACUUCUUGAAGUUCUUUGUGCUAGACCAGCUAUAAAUAGCCUGCUUCCAAGAAAUCAAAUAAACUUGGCUGAAUGGGGACUUUCUUGGCUAAAAGAAAACCAGCUCGAAAAGAUAAUUGAUCCGUUUCUUGCAGGUAAAAUUAACCCAAACUCUCUGAGGAAAUUCGGGGAAACAGCAGAGAAGUGUCUGCAAGAGAAUGGCACUGAUAGGCCUAACAUGAUGGAUGUGUUGUGGGACUUGAAUUACGCUCGACAGCUUCAACACCCUGCAAUGCCCCAACAAUCUCAUGAAGAUACCACCACCGAUGUUUCGUGGCAGUUGGCAUUGCCUGGUAUUAAUCGCCUACCUUCUAUAAAUAUGAGCACAAGCUGUGUCAGUGUCAGUGAGAGCGAGGUUUUUUCACAAUUGAAGAUCGAUGAAUCCAGAUGAUUCUUAGCCUCGGUGUUGUUAGCAUGCAUCUAUAUGUAAUUCCGUUUUAUUCUACUUCAUUAUGUCUAAUGUAAUUUUGUGUAUCAAAACAGUGCUGCAACUGUAUUCCUAGUGUAAUAGUCAGGUUCAUGUUUAA